AUGUCACUCUUUGCCCUAUCCCAUCUUGCCAGUCUCGAGUCCGAACGAAUAACACGAACGGCAGUGGAAUCAACACAAAGUCCUGUCCAUACUGGCAACCGGCGGUGCAUAUACUGCAAAGAACCCACACUCGCGCACCACUGCAACGAGUGUCAAUCCAACUGGUUUUGCAGCUCCAAGUGUCAGAGGGCAAAAGCCCACAAUAUUGAUGCUGCCAACUACAUGGCCCUUUGCCCCGCGCAGAACAAACGACUGAAUACCCACCGUUACCUCGCCGAGUCCCUCAGAGCCGGUACCUGCGAGCCUCCCACUGAUCCGCAAACACGACAAGACUUCGGGUUCGAUCUUUGCCAAUAUGGCAAUAAACAAGAGGAACGCCUCCUUUGGGCGACAUACAAGUGCCUUGGCUGUUUCUUCGACCUCGACAGCGUUGUUAUCUAG